AUGGACUUUUCACUGUUUGGAGGACUAUCAGACUUUCUACUGUUCGUCUGUCUGCUACUGGUCGUCUUCUACUGGUACUGCAAUGGGUUUUUCAAUGUUUGGGAGCAGCUUGGUGUGCCUGGACCAAAGCCCUGGCCCAUUCUCCUGCAUCUCCCAGAGUUGCGAAAUGGCGUGGACCAAGCUUUAAAGAAAUGGGAGUCAGAGUACGGGCGAACGUAUGGACUUCAAUCGAUCAUCAGCAGAAGGCCUACGCUGGUGACAACGGAUACAAAACUCUUGAAUCACAUCUUUGUAAAAGAUUUUGACAAUUUUGUCAACAGGGCUUCGCCCGCGUUUUUCACAAAAACAACAGCUCUUCGUAGUCUCUUCUUCUACGGUGGUUCAGACUGGCGGAGAACUCGCCACGUCAUGUCACCAAUGUUCACUGGAGGAAAGCUGAAAAUUAUGAUGUAUCACGCAAACAACAGUGCUGCCACCCUGGUGAAUUUAAUCAAAAGAAUCAAAGCUAAAGGAGAGCUCGUCCCAUUGAAAAAGUUCAUGGCCAAAUACACCAGCGACGUCAUCGCUAAAUCUGGCUUCGGGGUGAAAGCUGAGGCUGUUUCAGAUGUUGACAACGAGUUCUUUGACAACAUUAACAAAUUUGUAAGUUUGGGCUCUACGUCACAACAGUUUUUUCGACUCAUUGGCAUGUAUUUUCCAUUCAUCUCAAAGAUUGGCCUGCAUUUCUUUGAGAACGCUGACAUAAUUAAUCCAAAAGCAGAUGCCUAUUUCGCUGAGCUUGCCAAUAACGCUAUAGCGAUGAAACGUGAGCAGAAGUCAGAAAAAGCAAGAGACAUGUUGGAUCUGCUUCUUCAUUCGGAGACCCCGCACACUGCUGCUGGUCCCAACGAAAAAAGCUUGACUACUAAAGAGAUUGUGGCGACGUCCAGCACUCUGCGCUCACUCCUCUACCUGUUGGCUCGAAACCAGGAUAUCCAAGACAAGGUCAUCCAGGAGAUCGAUACUGUACUAGAUGGACGGACAGAACCUGAAUACGAGGAUCUGACCAAUCUCAAGUAUACAGAACAGGUCAUAAAGGAAGCCAUCAGAUUGUUCCCGCCUGUGCCAGCUGUGACCCGUGAAGCUCUGGAGACAAAGACCUACGACGGAGUCACGAUUCCCAAGGGAAGCUGCGUCUUCGUCCGGAUCAACAGAAUUCUUCGUGACCCCGAAUAUUGGUCAGAACCGGACAAGUUUAACCCAGACCGCUUUGCACCAGAUGUGGAACACAAAGCUGGCGCCGUGGCUUACCUGGCCUUUGGCUUUGGACCACGUAUUUGCAUAGGCAAAAGACUUGCUAUUUUGGAGUUGAAGGUGGCCUUGAGUCAACUCUUGUCAAACUUCAGGUUCGUCCAGACAGACCUAACCUACCCAAAACUUGGCGAAGAAGUAAAGAUGGUGAACGUUAUCAACUCAGUUUUUCAGCCAGAGAAACCAAUUGAGCUUGAUGUGGUGCUCAGAAAGGAGGAAUAAGGAGCGGUGUGUUUACUGUCUGUUGAGCACCUACAAUAAACAUAAGUCUAUUUGCCAUCUUUCUUACUUUGAGAAUAUUAAAUUUGAAUUAACAAUCAUCUUGAGAAAUGAAAUUUGGGGUGAACGCAAGGUAUUUUGUCAAGGCCAGCGCUUCUGUGAGCUCAAGAACUAGAGUCCAUAUAGAUCUAUAUUUUGUUAAAGACGUUUGACUUUGGCUUAGCCUGGCACAAUAUAGUCACUCCAGAGCGAAACACUUACACUUGCUGGUCCCUGUUCACAACGACGAACUAAAGGAAAGAAUGCUCCAGGAAGAGUGGGAAAAGGGGGGGGGGGGAAGCUACAGAUCAAUCAGUUUAGAAAAUCAAUGAGCUUUUUGACAAUACCACAGUAUUUUCUGUAUUAUAUAGUUACCGGUAUGUCAAUAAAUAAACGUAAAGUUGCGUAAAUAUGAUUUACUCAGAAUAGUUAAAGACUAUGUAUUUGAGUGUAGCAGCUUACCUUAAUUUUCUUUAAUUUACAUUUUUCACACUUCUUUUUACUUCAACGAUUUGACGUCUCUCGUAAAACAACACGUCCAGUAAGAACAUGUAAAAAUCUUGAUGGAGGCUUUCACUUCCCGUGAAAUUUAUAAAGUUCCGUACAUAGCAUCUAAUGACUGCUCGUUAGUACGUGCUCUCUUUUUGAAGUCUUUUGUUUUUUAAAGGAAAGUGAGCGAUAUAGGCUAUCCAACUUAAUGUUGUCGGCCAUUCCCGUGUAACAUGAAUAUAAUAUAAUAUAUAUAGUCGAACUUGUCUUAAGGGAAGCCUGUGUAAGACGGAAGCCUGUCAUAACGGAAUCUCCCACACUUUCCCUUGAUAAAUUUCUCUAUAAAUACCUCAGUGAAACGGAAACCUGUCUAAUGCGGAACCGGAAAGAGAAACUACUUAGACAGGGUUUUUACCUGUCUAAGACUGAAAAUGCUUUGGCUACUCAGUCCUGAUUUGAAACAAAACUAUCAAGCUUGGUUCCAUCGGCUCUAACCAUUCGCCAUGCCGCCAGGCGAGGAAGGGUCCGUUGCAGGGGUGCAAUACUCUGAUCGUACGACCACUCGAAAAAUGAGUUCCUCGAACCGUUGUUACAUGCACGGGAGGGCUGGCAGUGGCUGACUUAUACCAAUAGGUGGGGCUAUGGGUAGACGCAAAGGAGAUGUUCAAACGUUUCUGUUUUUAAUAAGUCAAACAGUGGUCCCCCAUGAAAUGCAAACACUGGUGGCAAUGGAUAGGUAGUACUGAUGCAUGCCAUUAUUAGAGAGGAUAGCACUUGAGAGGUGUUGAGUUUUGACCACUGCUUGCUGACCGAAUAAGCAACCUAUGAUUCCCCCGGCUGGGCCUCUGAAAACCCCUUCCAUUCUCCCCAUAAAUUUCCCUGUCUACGACGGAAUUUGGUUUUGACUCCCUAAUUGCGAUUCUGUCUUACAUAGGUUCGACUGUACAUUCAUAUAUUCAAUUUUUUGUAUAUCGGGGCGCAAAACAUACUUUUAUUAUUCAAUUAAAACUGUUGCAUUUUGAUUACUCAAUAAGUAUCCAGUUGAAAUAAAGCGUAAACUUGAGUGGCGUUUUCCUCAUUGCCACCUGGAAAGCGUAGGUGUAUCUCUUUCGUAUUUUUGCUCGCUCUGGAAAUAAAUGAUUUGUUUCGGAUUUUCAAA